AUGCCUAACGAUGCAGAAGCAGAAAGGGCGAACGAUUCUGGAAAUCAUGAGCACAAAUCUGAGAGAAGGUCUCCUGAGGAGAACCUACAAGAAGCUGUACAGUCCUUCUGCACACGUGCCUCAGGAGCACCCUUGGCUACCAGAGGAGAUGGCCAUUAUCCGUGGAGCUGUCCAGUGACCCAUACGCGGGAGAAAAUUUAUGCCAUCUGUUCAGACUACGCCUUUCUCAACCAGGCAACCUCAACCUAUAAAACUCCAAAUCCAUCCCGCACUUCUUGCCUCCCUGAUAGUACCUCUUUAUCUGCUGGAAAUAAUUCAUCAAGAUACAUUGGCAUCCCACCUAGUACAGCAGAAAUCAUCUACAAUGAUGAAAAUAGCUUGGAAAACUUAUCCACUAGCCUGGGCAAGCUACCUCUUGCAUGGGAAAUUGAUAAAUCUGAAUUUGAUGGGGUGACCUCAAAUUUGAAACACAAAUCAGGCAAUGUAAAGAAACAAAUUUCUAAGAAAAAAGCUUCAGAUAAGAAAGGAAGACAUCAAAGGGAGUGGCCCCAGCAUUCUCCGCUUGAAGAUAUUAAGCAGCGGAAAGUAUUAGACCUCAGACGGUGGUACUGCAUAAGCCGACCACAAUAUAAGACUUCUUGUGGUAUCUCUUCAUUAGUUUCAUGUUGGAAUUUCUUAUAUAGCACAGUGGGAGCUGGAAAUCUUCCACCAAUUACCCAAGAAGAAGCAUUACAUAUUUUGGGCUUUCAACCCCCAUUUGAAGAUAUUAGAUUUGGCCCUUUCACUGGAAAUACAACACUUAUGAGAUGGUUCAGACAAAUUAAUGACCACUUCCAUGUAAAAGGAUGCUCGUAUGUUUUAUAUAAGCCUCAUGGGAAGAAUAAAACAGCUGGAGAAACUGCUUCAGGGGCCUUGCUGAAGUUAACUCGUGGAUUAAAAGAUGAAUCCAUGGCUUAUAUUUAUCAUUGCCAGAAUCAUUACUUUUGUCCCAUUGGCUUUGAAGCAACCCCUAUUAAAGCCAAUAAGGCAUUCAGCAGGGGUCCCCUCUCAUCACAAGAAGUAGAAUAUUGGAUCUUAAUUGGAGAAUCAAGUAGAAAACAUCCUGCUAUUCACUGUAAAAAGUGGGCAGAUAUUGUUACUGAUCUGAAUACUCAAAAUCCAGAAUUUCUAGAUAUCCGGCACUUAGAGAGGGGGCUGCAGUAUCGAAAAACCAAGAAGGUUGGGGGAAAUUUGCAUUGUAUUAUAGCAUUCCAGAGACUUAGUUGGCAAAGGUUUGGCCUUUGGAACUUUCCAUUUGGAACCAUUAGACAAGAGUCACAACCUCCAACACACGGCCAGGGAAUUGCCAAAUCUGAGAGUGAAGACAAUAUCUCCAAGAAGCAUCAUGGGCGCCUGGGCCGGUCUUUCAGCGCUAGUUUCCAUCAGGAAUCAGCAUGGAAAAAAAUGUCCAGUAUUCAUGAGAGAAGGAACAGUGGCUACCAGGGUUACAGUGAUUAUGGUGGGAAUGAUUGA